AUGAACAUCGACAAGUGGGACGAAUAUGGACUAGAGUGCGAUCAACAUUUGUAUCCCGAGCUAGGAGCCGCUUUCGAUGUGGAACUUGCAGAUUUGCUGCCCGUCCAAGCGCCAUGCGGUGGCCCAGCCCAGCACCACCACCAGUACGCCCAGUCAAAACUGCGGCAGACCUCGUUCAAUCCUUCGCAUCAGCUGCACCAUCAACCGACGCACAACAGUCAGCGCAUGUUCCAACAGGAUGCGUCGCCGCCGCCCCGCGAAGUCGACUCCUUGCGAGUUAAUCAAUUGUCGGAUGAGCAGUACGAUACGUUGGGGCGAAGUGAUCCACUCCUCUUCGACAGCUCGCUUCUCCAACAACAUCAACAGGCCCAGUCUCAAUUUCAUCUUCACUCCAACACCGGCAUCUACGAGCACGAAGCUAACCCCAACAAUUGGGGCACAUUCACGAGCCAGCUGGAAGGUGUCGAAGUUCCACUUGGUGAACGGCUGGCGGAGCUGUCUAAGCCGGAUGCCUGCGACAUAUCGGUGCAGUUGGAGUACGACUAUCCGCCGGAUUACGCGCCCCUCGACGAUCAUCCGCAUCAAAGUUGCGUUCCCAUCCAAGAAGACCCAGAAGCGGAGCACGAACUGAUCCCCAUCCCCACUGCUGACCCAAAUGAUCCAGACUGGGAAGAGACUGCGCGCGACCAGCUCGGUUUGCAUGCAAGUUCGACUGCGAUGGAAUGGGACUGGUCCAGCAACUCGAACAUGUCCGACGAAAGUGACGACAACAUGGAGGAAGAUUUCGGCUCGAGCAACAAGAAAGGAAACCGCCGUCCGCGGCUAGCAAACCGAAGCCGCCAGCGAAUAGCCGCAAACAAGCGCGAACGAAGCAGAAUGAAGGUCAUCAACAAAGACGACACCGGCGCAUCUUCUUCCGAUCUGGCGGAGCAACAGAGCGUCAUCGUGUACUACACUCCAGUUGGUGAGGACCCGUCGCAAGCUGUUGCUCACUCGCUAUCUUGGGUCAAGGAGCCGCAAAUGACCGGCAGCUGUUUUCCGAAUAUAGUUCCGAAUGAGCGCAAUGGGAUAAUCCAGACGCAGAGGAUCAGAGCGCGCGUAUGGUAUCCUGCUUUGUCGGAACGCGACUCGAACACAAAGGGUUCUGUUCCCGUCGAUCUUCUCCCACGUCCAGCAACAGCCUCGAAUUCCAGAAUAUGUCAUGCGAAGAAACACACGAAAGAAACCAACUUCAACCUCCGAAAGGAGCGUUUUCAAGAGAUUAACUUCACGAUGAAAGAAAACAUCAAUGAAGAUCUCAGCAAUAGAUUUUGA